AUGAACAAUGAUUGGAAUAUAGAGACUGUGGUUCUGUCGAUUGAACUUGUAUAUUCCACUAAUGAUACAGACAAGAUCAAACAAGUACAGGAGUACUUACAAUCCAUUCAAAAAUCAUCUACAGGGUAUCAAUUGGGACAAGUGUUGAUCAAGCAACCGUCUAAGUAUUGUCGUUACUUUGGUGCACUUACAUUCACUGUGUUCUUAAAUACUUAUCAAGAUUCAAUAACUUCAGAUCAAAUCACCUCCAUCUUUGAUGAACUUUUGGAUUAUGUGAUCUCCUUAAGUCAAGAAAGUUUGGAAUCAAAUCUAUUCAUUAUUAAGAAGUUAUUAAGUACUUUGUCUUUGUUGUUCAUUGAUCAUAAUCAAACAGGUAUUGAUAAUGAUGUUUUGAUCAAUCCCAUACAGAGAUACUUUUAUAAAUUGGGAAAUCCUAAUAUCAUCAUAUCAGAGUUAAAUGAUUCUCAAUUGAAAUUAUUAAUUUAUUUCCAUACCAUCAUAGUAGAAGAUAUUAGAAAACGGGAUAAUUCCAAACUAUCUCAAACUCAUGAAAUCAUUUAUAAGUACUUAUUCCCUAAUUUAAAACAUAUAUUUGGUUUACUUGAUUCGAAUCAACACCAACAACAGGAAAUACAUGAAUUGGCAUUAGAUUGUUUAUUUGCCUGGUUUACUUAUAUUGGUAUUGCUGAACAUGGUUCAAAAGUGUCUUAUACAGUUGAUCCACAGAUUUUACAACCAUUAAUCCAAUAUACUUUCUAUAAUUUAAAAUUCGAUGAUUUGGAAAAUAGAAUAGCAAUAGUAAGUAAGACCUGUACCGUGUUAUCACAAAUCUUAGAAGAACAUCCUUUAAUCCUUAAUCCAUACAAAACAUUACUUGCACAAAUCCUCUUUGAAGAGAAUUCAUUUGGAUCAAAAUUUUUACACGCAAUUUUACUGAAUAAAGAUUUAAUCGAUAUCUAUCAACAAGAAAUUGAAAACUUCACUGAUUUAAUCAUUGCCUAUUUGAAUUUGAAUUUGGUGUACAUUAUCCGAAAUUUAACUAAUCCUCAAGUUUUAAGAAUAUUGGAUAUAGCAGUUACCUUAACUAACUUUCCUGGUCGUCCGAUUGAAGAUGAAAAAUUAAGUGAUCAAUUUUUAGUGUUUUGGGAAGAGUUCAUUAAUAUGUUUAUUGAGGAUACAGACGUUAUAAAUGAAAUCUUCAAGGAAGAUACGGUGUCGAAGCAGAAAUAUUUCGAAAUAAGAAAUGAAAUUUUAAUCAAUAUAAGUAUUAUAUAUUGGAAAAAGUGUCAUAUAUUCAGUGAUAAGAUAGUUCCUGAAUUCAGACAUUAUCGUCUGAAAGUUGCCGAAGUGUUUCAAUUACUUUAUUCCUUGUUGAACACAUCGAUAUAUUCAACAUUAUGUAAGAAUGUGAUAGAUACAUUAGUUGCAUUUCAGAAUACUCCAAAUCAAGAAUUAUCCCUUGAUAUUGAAGCAUCAUUAUUCUUAUUGUUUAAAGUUACGGAUGAUUUAACCUUUUAUGAUGAUGAGUCUACUCAAAUCUUAAUACCGUAUCUUGAAGAGAUUUUCCAACAUAAAGUUAUUGAAACUAUUGAUGAGAAUUUUAAAAAUAAUCAAAUCAAUAUAACAUUAUUGAAUUUAUUAUCAUCAUUACCAUUCUUCUUCAAAAGUCGAAGUGGAGAACAGUACAUAACCACCACAUUCAAUUACUUAUUUUCAAUCAUCAUAGAACAACAACAGCAACCACAAAAACAACAAACAGGAGUAUCAUUAAUAUCAUCCAAGACAAUCUUAAAGAUAUGUCAAAAUUCUCGAAGUAAAUUAACUCAAUUCUUACCUCAGUUGGAAAAUAUCGUUGUGGAAAUGAUUCGAAACAUUGAAUUCGAUAGUUUAAUCAGAGAGAGAUUAGUUAAUUCAUUCAUGUCUAUUGCACAAUCAUUAAAGGAUCCGUUAAAAUUAGGAGAGGUCGUUAUUCAUCUUUUGAAUCAAAUCAAUCAGCAAAUAGAAUUAGUUGUUCAUAAUCCCAAUCAAUUAUUAACUUCUCCUGAUAGUACGAAAGAAGAAAAUGAUCAAAAAAUGGAGGAUUAUACAGUUAGUUUAUUGGGAUGUAUAAAUGAGAUUGGAAAUGCCACCAAAUUACCAGAAGAAUUAGAAGAUUACUUAACAGUGGAACAGAAAUAUCAAACGGAAUCAUAUUGGAAUGAAGAUACCUUAGGUGUGAAACAAGCUAUAUUACAAAGUAUAAAUCAAUUAUCAUUAAAUUAUCCACCUUUAAGUUUAAAGACCUUGCCAACGGAGAAAUGUUGUAAUAUUUUUAAAUGUGGAUUGAAUGAACCAAUCAAUGGACCAUUUAAAUUUGAACUUGCCAUAAUUUUCCAAUACUUAAUGGUUAAAGUUCAAAACUGUAAUUCUGGGUCAAUGUCAUUGGUGUAUAAAUUAGUGGAGUCGAUUAUAAUCACUAAUGGUAAGCAUGUUCUGAUUCCUAUUUUUGAGUCAUUCCUAUCCCUGGCAUUCUUAAACAAACUAACAUUCAUUGAACAAGAUGUUGAUUUAAUUAAAUCUAGCUUGGAUUUAUUCUCUACCGUUUUAGAAAAACAUCCUUCGUUGAUCGUUAAUCUUCCGCUGUUUCAAAAUGUGGUAUUAAAAUUCGCAAUUUCAAGUUUUAAAUUCAAAGAAUCAUAUAUCAUCAGGUCAGUCAUAAAGUUCUGGAAUACUCUUAUCACUUUAAAACGAGGUCAAUCAAGUGAACAACAAUUAAUCCAAGAUUUGAUCGUGAAAGAACAUAUCAUUGAUCCAUCUCAUCCAUUGGGUUAUUCAUUAGUAUUAAGUUUAAUCACGUCAUUCAUUGAUAAUCCAAGAUCAAAUACAGAAUACUUUUAUCAAUUAUUCCGAGUUCUUGUGGCGAAAUAUCCCUUAUACAUUAAGAAUUGGCUAAGAGUUAUCUUAAUUCAUAAACUUGUGGAUAAUUCAACUAAUGAUAAGUUUAAUAAUGCAUUUGUGGAUACAUUUGUAAGUAAAUUAAUGCUAACGAGAGGUCAACGACAAGCUAAUGAUGUGUUAAAGUCGUUUUGGUUAGAUUGUAAUAAUUUAGUAGAGUAUAAAUCAUAGUGUGUCAUGUAUAUAUAAUAAAAAGCAAAAGUUAACAUUAUUAUUUAAAACCUAUAUAUAAAAAAAAGAAGUACUAAACAGA